CGACGCGGCGCGCGCCUCCCCAACGAGCCGCUCUCGCAAUUCCUCGAGCGCCUGUCGCCGGCCGAGGCGGCCCAGACCACACCGGCACACCUGCUCCCGCCGUGGUACUGGAUCGACAACCCGCAUCGCAACACCGCGGACGGCGAGUCGGGCGACAUGGCCGCAUUCCUGCGCGACGGCCGCGAGCUGCUGCGCCGGUUUAAGCUCGCGCGGGCGCUGUGCACGCCGAAUGACCCGCGCCGGAAGCAGCUUAGGGAGGGGCUGAAGGAGGAUAUUGCCGCGCUUGCGAGGCGGUGCGGGGUUACCACUGGCAAGUGGAUGCUCUUUCCCAAGGUGGACGAGGUGAACGAGGUCUGGCGGAAGGUCUGCGAGGGCGUGGAUGCCGACAGGCUUGGCAUUGGAGCCAAGGUGUCGACUUCGGGGGAGGAGGACGGGGAUCCGACGCGGUUGAUUUGCGUGUACACGAAGGACUUUACGGAUGUGGAGGAUGUGAAGAGGGUGCUGCUCUCUCUGGUCGACAUGGGCCUGGUCAGGGCGGACAUGCCGCGGGGGAUCAUGUACAAGUGCGAUGCGUACACGUACUUGGAGAUCUACGGGAAGAACGAGUACGGGCUGCGGCCGAGCAUCUACGGGAGUAAGGAGAUGUUGGCUGGG